AUGGCUCUCACCGUCCGCGAACCAAUCUUCUGGAACCGCUUCUCCCUCUCCGCCCACCAGGCUGCCGAGAUCCGCUCCAUCAUCUCCGACCGCGCCGACACCGAGAAGGCCGACGGCGUCACUACCACCGUUACCCCCACCCCGACCCCAUGGCUCUCGAAGCAGCAGAAGAAGCGCCGCAGAUAUUGGAUCUUUUGUUGGAUUGUCAUGGUCGUUAUUGUGGCGCUGUGUGGUGCGCUUGCGGGUGUGAUUACGUAUUUGAAGAAUUCACAUGACUGA